GCCCUAGCUGUCAAAAUAAAAAAACCGAUAAUAUUAAAUAAUGAUUAUAAUUAGUAAUUUCCGAAUGCAAUUUGAAACAUUCUUUAAAAUCCUCAUCUAGUAUUUAUAAAAUUCGAAAAAAUUCUCUUUAUUUGUGUGUAAAAUAAUGUUGGAGACAGAAAAUUUGGAUUAUAAAUACACUGUACAGGGAGCAAAAACUUCUUUUAUGAAAACUCUUUUUAAAGGAGAAAACUUGGACAAUAAUCUGAUUAGGAUACUUUUUGAGUUUUUAUUGACUCACGGAUUUGAGAGUACUGCCAAAUGUUUAACUAAUGAGGCAAAUAGUUUGGGCUUCAAAUUUCUCGACGAGGAUUUUAUUCAGACGAAAGUAAUUUCAGAGGAAGUAUGUCACAAUAUUUUAGAACAAUUUAAUGGGGGAAAUUGGAAAAAGUUCUUCAAGUUAUGGGAUGAUUCUAUACUGGAAAAUAUGAAAUCGACAAUGGAAUACAAAAUACUUACCUUGAAAUUAAGAGUUCACUUUGCUUACUUGCCGGUUCGUUUAAAACUCUCAUCCAAAAAACUCUCCGAGGACAAAUAUGUUAAUUCUGAGGAUAGUUUCGACAGCGAUCCAGAUGUGGAAACUGCUCACGAUUCACAGAGGGAAGCAAGCAUGAAUCAAUUAAAAGAAUAUUUGUUAACAAUUGAAGGAGAUGCGGCGAAUUAUAAUUCUUGUAUUAAAUAUUUUGGUUUACCACAUUUGGAGGACCCAAUGACUGAUCCAACAGUUUCUGAUAUUUUUUCGCAAAAUUGGGUCGAUGAACUUGAAGCUAAUCUUAAAGUAUUUCUUCUUAAACACGGAAAGCAUCACCCUGAAGAAAAUUAUAAAUCCUUGUCAAAACCUUCCACCACAUCGACAACAAUUACAACGGAAUCAUUAAAUAAAGAACAAUUGGAAAUCUAUGAGAAAAAUUUACAAAUUUUAGAAUCCUUUGAUUUAGAUUCUAAUGACGAAGAAAAUAAAAAUAUAGGAGAAAGAGCGGAAAAUGAGAUUUUACGAUUUACGAGAACAACCAAAGAUAGUAGCAAUCGUUCACGAAUUAUUGUCAAUGAUCGAAAUAUUCCGUUUUUCAUUGAGGAACUCGAUCUAAAUAAGGAAUAUUCUCAGCCACAAAAAAAAGAAGUAAAAUUCAAAUCUACACAAACGAGAAUUCAAGGAAUCAAAAAUACAGCAAAUUUAUCGGCCCUUGAUGAUUUAUAUUAUCCGGUGAAGGUAUUGGAACCGGAGAAUUUGCUAAAAAGUCCAAAGUCAGAGAUGAAAAAAUAUGAGGAACAAUUAAUAUGCACAAUAACGCGAUAUCAAAAUAUUUACGGCAAUUAUCAAAAAUUAAAAAUACGCUUUCAUCAAUUACACUCGAAUCAUCAGAAAUUAUUGCAUGUCACCGCUGAAUUAACGCAAUUUCUUGAAAAUUCACUUAGUGGAAAUCCAGUGAAUAUGCUGCAAGUACUUAAGACUUGUUACACCAUUUUUCCUGACGUUUUUCAAAAAAAUCUACGAACCGAUUCAAAAGAAGAAUUGGUAUUUCAAUCAGAAGACGAAUUUCAAACGAAUCAAAUUAAAAUCAAUCAUUGCUUCGAUGUGACGUUGCUUUCUUCGAAGUCAAUUGACUUUAGGAAAAUUAAAUUUCACCUCUCGUGUGGAAAUUUGAAGACAAAACUUUUACUCCUUCAGGCAUUGAGAUGGAAAAUUACUUUUAGUCAACAAGGCGAAAGGGAUGAGGUGCUUCAUGAAUAUAUAAAUAAUGAUUUACUGGGUAUCCAUGGAAAUAUCGUUGGCAAUAGUGGAAAAUCAAUUUUGCCAAAUAUUUUAUAUUCCGUCGAGGGUUCGAUUAAUAUUUUACAACAAACAGCAGCGAGAUUAUUGAAUACAAUUGCAUCAUUGAGAUGUGGUCGGGAUUAUUUGUCAAUUGGAACUGCAACUCUGAAUGCAGUAAUUGAAUGUUUGAAUGGCAGUAACGAUUCGAUUCCAGAUGCAUUUACUUACGAUAUGCUGUUGUCGAUGUUACAAAAAUUGUCAUUGAGAAAAUCGCAAAGAAUUAAUAUGAUUGAAACUGGUUUGGUUGAAUGGUUAAUUCAUCAUUUGAAUAUUGAAGUUUGUAAAAUGAGUCCCUACAGAUUUAAAUACGUCACGGCUCUAUUGAUGAAUUUGUCAUUGCAAAUAAAAGCACGCACUCAAGUUUCGGCGUCUUUGGUGCUUCCUGUAUUAAUAGAUUUACUUCUCACCGAAAAUGAAACUGCCUUACCCUAUAUUAGUAAGGCUUUAAGUAAUUUUUUACUGGAUCAACAAAUUAAUGAGGAGGGCAAAAGAAUGGGACUUGAAUCCCAUUUGAAAUAUUAUCGAAAACGUGUUUCCGACGAAACAAGACAAUGUUUAGAUUAUUUAAUCAGAGUGCACAAUCGAGAAGAGAAAAUUGAAGAAACGGACGUCGGUGAUAAUGAUGAUGGUGAUUGCGAUUUUUUAGAAGAUGAAUUAGACGAAGAUGAUCCAGUUCAAAGUGAUCAUGGAGAACUCGCUGGUGAAAUGCUUCUAGCAUCUUCUUACAUUCUUCCGAAAAAUACAAAAUCUAUCGAACUCGAUGAACCGAAUUCCGAUUUUAAAUUACAUAAAAUUCAACAUCGAGAAAUAAUUCCCAGAUUUUCGAACGAGAUAAAUCAGAUUCAACUGAAACCUGUUAAUACAAUUCCAUUAUUAGAAGAUACAAAUUUUACCGAUUUACUUCGAAGUGAAUCUCAAUUUGAGGGAGAAGAAUAUUCUCAAGAAUUUUUGAAUAAAGCAAAUAGUAGUAUGAUGAAUUUAAUGAAUUACAAUUCAUCGGAUAAUUUGAGAGUAAAAAAUUCAAGUACUUCGUCUCGUGCCUCCCCAGUGAGAACAUUGUAUCGACAGCAAACAAAUUCAAUUAAUUCUGAAUUAUCGCAAUCGUUAAAUGUAAAUUUUGAAAGAAACUUUAAAGAUAUUUCCAAAAGUCAUUCGAAAUCAAAGCAAUUUUCUACCGCAACGUCAAAAGUUUCUAAGAACACUAAUCAGUCAAGUAGUCAAACUUUCGAAGACGAAAUAAACUUGACUAACGAAAGUUCCUCCGUAAUUUCCAAAGAAAGCAGUAAGCUGAAUACAACUUCGUCAUCGACUUUUCCAUCCGCUUCUGAGAGUCAACUAGAAGGUCCAAAUGAACAGAGCAGUAUUGCAUCAGUAGAUGUAUCGGCAAUAAAAAAAGAAGAGGAGGAAGAAGCUUUUCAUGCGAAACCAAAAAUACAACGAACACCUCCCCAGUCGGCAAAAUUGAAAGGUCUACGAAAACUAUAAAUUCACAGCAUUCUAGUUCUUUUUUUUGUAAGUAUUUAUGAUAAAAUUGCCUUUUCUGCUCAAUUUACUUAUAAAAGAAAUUAUUAAUUUAUUAUCAAUUUUUUAUUUAAAUUUUUAUUCAAAAAAUCGAAAAACAAGGUCUAUACAUUUUUCUUCGAUUUUUCUAGAUAACUAGAAAUAAUUUAAAUAAAUUUUAAUAAAUACUUAACUAUAUUUAAAAUUAACAAAUUAUUAAUUUCGAAUUAUUAAUAAUUAACAAAUUAAUAAAUAAUAAUUAUUUUUAUAAAAUU